GCGUUGGAGGCAAAGAAGCCAACGACCCAUGGGCCAAUUUCCUGCCUGGACGAGCCACGGUGCCACCGGAAAGGACUCGGCCGGAGGCAAGCCGGAACGGACACGAUGGAUAUGGACAUGACCGCCGGGAGAGGACUCAGAAUCAGAGCACGGCUAGCGCUCGGAGACCGUCGCACGCAUCCGAGGCAACGACGCGGAUUCGCUUGGGCAAAGACCUCGCGCAAAGUUGGACGACGCGGGAAAUUCUGCAUGCUGCUGAACUGCACCUGGAGGAGUUUGAUGUCGUUCACUCGGUGGUGGCAUUACAUCGCAUUGCUAAAAGCACAGAUCGCGGAGAGCUCCGGCACGAUCAACGCCUGACCGCUGUAUUGGCAAAGCUGGCAGACACCGCGGCAUCAGCAACUGCAGUGUCAUCGUCCAGCAAUGAGAUGCCACAUGUAAAGGAGGUGUCCAAAGCAUUGUGGGCACUCGCGAAGGUUGGGCCUUGGGCGGAUAACUUUGAAGGCUAUGGCCCGCGAGGUAUCGAAAGUGGAUCAUGGAGUGGCCGGGCGUGGACGGGAGUGCACCGAAGCCUCAAGGCUUUGGGGACAUCUGCAAUCGGGCGCUUGCACGAGUUGGACAGUCAUGGCCUCUCCAAUGUCGCCUGGAGCCUUGCCGUCGCCCGCUUUGAUCAGAGAGGCUUUGUGACGGCCAUCUCCCGCACCGCCCUGCAGCUGCUGCCCGACUUUCAGGCACAAGGUCUUGCCAACACUGCCUGGGCCAUGGCACAUCUGCUUGCAGAGCCUGAGGGACGUGGUCCUGAGCGAAAGUUACUGGAGUGCAUCGCCAAGGAGGUUGGCCGCAAUGCGCAUGAUUUCACACCGCAGGGCCUGGCAAACAUUGGCUGGGCGUUUGCCACUCUAGCACUGCGCCAUGAGCACCUUAUGGACGCCGUGUCGCGAGAGCUGGCGGAGGGAGCCGGGAACUGGUCCCAGCAGAACCUGGCGAACAUCCUCUGGGCCUUUGCGAAAGUGGCCGUUCAGCCUCGAGCUGGCGCCGUCCGUGCGGUGGUCGGUGACGCCCUGCUCACCAUACAGUCUUGGAGCGCUCUGAACAUCACCAACCUGACCUGGUCCUUUGCGAAGCUGGCAGUGCGCCACCAAGAGCUCUUCUCAGCGGUGGAAAGCGAAUGUCAACAGAAGCUGCUCCAUUUCUCCUCGCAGAACCUGGUGAAUGUCGCCUGGGCAUUCGCCAAGGUCGUUCUGGCCCGGCAGAACUUUUUCGAGCAAAUCGCCCGCCGAGCUGUUGAGCUGGCGCCAGACUUCAACCCUCAGAACUGCUCCAACGCAGUCUGGGCCUUCGCUGCUGUUGGCCUGGCAAGUCCCAACCUCUUGGCCGCCACGGCGCGCCGUGCCGAGGAGCUGGCGCCAGAGCUUCAGGCGCAGGACCUGGCGAACCUGGCCUGGGCAUUUGCAAAGUUGGGCAGGCGUGAUGCAGCUCUCGAAGAAACGGUGGCAUCAGAAGUGCUGCAGAAGGUUGAGAGCUUCUCGCCCCAGCACCUGUCGAUCAUCGUCUACUCCUUCGCUCAGCUGCUGGCUGCUGGCACAGGACUGCAAGCCACGCCCUCCACGGCGGCCACUGCAUGGCCGAGACCGGAGGACGUGCGUCGCUCCAACCCGGCUCCUGCCCCAUCUGCGGCGUCCAUGGUUGAGGCGAUCCUCACCGCAGCAACAAAGCGUGUAAGGGAGUUCGACGCCCAGGGACUCACAAAUCUUGCCCAGUCGCUGGCGAAGCUGGAGAUACAAAGAGAGGGUCUUCACAAUGCUCUGGUGGAGGAGGCAGCCGCAAAAGUUUCUAGCUUCACGAACCAGGAGCUGGCGAUGUUUGCCUGGGCUGCAGCCCGGCUCGGCCGCUUUGCGGGUCGCGCCUUACGCAUGGUCUCGAAGGAGACGAAAGCACGUCUCCAGGACCUGACGGCCCAGGAUCUCAGUGUACUGGUGUGGUCGUUUGCCCGCAGUGGUGGGGAGGAUACGCAAGACUCCGAGCGAAGCCGUGUGCCUGCAGGCGCCGGGAUGUUGAACACUUUGACCUCCACUGUGAUGCGGCUCCUGCGCGAGCUGACGCCACAAGACCUGUCCACGAUCAUCUGGGGAUACGCAACUGCCGGCGUGGAGGCUGCGUCGAUGAUAGAGGCUGUGGCAAACGAGUCUGUGAAAAAGGUGGCCAAGUUUGCGCCGCAGGACAUGGCCAACGUGGCCUGGGGUUUGGCCAAGCUGGGUCUGCUGCACGAGCAGCUGCUUGAGGUCUUGUGCCGAGACUUCGUUGCCAGGGCCAAUGAGUGCCAGGCUCAACAUCUCUCCAUAGCGGCCUGGUCUUUUGCCAAGCUUGGCGUGGCCUCGGACGAGCUUUUCGAGGCCAUUGCCCGGUCCCUCGCUGGUCGUGCUGGCGAGCUGGACCCACAGGGUGUCGGCAACAGCCUUUGGGCCUUCGGCGUGCUUUGUUUCUGGCAUCGCCCAUGUGUCAAGGCUGUGGGCGGACGCGCAGUCCGCUCGGUCAGCGAGCUGACCGUACAGGAAAUGGCAAACGUGGCUUUCGGUUUGCAUACAUUGCUCCGUUGGCGAAGGCCAGCAGCAGACGACGAGGCUGAAGACGAUGCAGCGAUGCUGCUGAAACUUGUUAUGGACUUUCUCGCCGCCUCGGGAAGUCUCUUCUGCCGCAAAGCUGGCCUUGGUGACGGUGCUAGCUGGACCGACUUUGCCAACGUCGCCAAAGCUGUGUCGCAGGAAGGCGCGCAGGCACAGUCAGACGUGCUGAAGGAGCUGGAAGUGCGUUUUCGACGGCUGCAUCUGGAGAAGUUGCUCGAGGAAUUACUUCACACGCAGCAGGGAGGAGAAGGAGCACUUUCACGGGUGCAGCAGGUCCUCGACGAUGCCUCCAUCGACACCAGCGUUUUCGGAGGCGUUCCCCAUCUUGGUGAGCAGUACUCCAAAGAAGCUCUGCAACGACUGGGGCUGAUGGCGAAGGAGCCCACGCCCAGAACAAAUCAGCAGCCAGAGGCAGCCGCGGCAGCUCGCUGGGUGGACGACGCACGCCGGCAGUGCAGAGCAGCUCUGGGCGGCAACUGGCAAAUUCCAGCUACUGAUACAGUGGUCGCGCACGUGUCUUGGGAUGUGACCUGCUUUGACCAUACGUGGCGGAACAGCGGUAAAGUCUACCACGCUGCAUCACAACGAGCACAAGCACGAGGCGCAGCGCCAGCAGCCGUGCCCAAGACCAUCGAGGAUCUCUUGGCUCCGCUUCGCCAGCAUCUGCGCCGUGACACGCAUCCCGAGCGCUUGGCGCUUCUAGAGCUCAUGCACGCGAUGGCCCAGGCUGAGGCAGACGAGACCUUGGAGGAGCUUAGUGACCAGUCGCUUCGCGAUUUUCUGAAGAAAUGCGAGGGCGCAGUCCAAGUUUACGUCUCGCAGUAUCCCUGUGUGUCAUGCCUGGCUGUCUUCUGCCAGUUCAAGCACCGGUGUCCCAAGAUUGGACUGGAAGUUGCCUUCGAUAAUGCUUGGACGAGCUUCUGUGGCCGGCCACGCUGUCAAGUCCGCUAG